GAGCUGUUGCUGACGUUUUCUUCGACGUCUUUAUUUAUACACGUAAUGGAAAAUGACGUGGUUUGAAUUGCAUUUAGAGAAUUAAACAAAAUCAGUUUGCUAAGUAACAUUUGAGGGCUGGGCGUCCAAUUAUGUCUCAAAGACAUGGCUAGCAUGGCUAACGCCGUUUUCUUUCUCCCUGUCAAAGCUAGCAGGCUCCAUCUCUGAUGAUGGCGUCUGUUGCUAGCUAGCUGACUAUGACUUAGUAACUAGCUACCCUCUGAACACAUUACACUGCCCAGUGCAGGCUUUCUUUGCCACUGUCUUUGAGACAUUCAUCGCUUGAUUAAUGUCGCUCUAGCUGGCAGUGUUCUGUACCAGCCAAUAACUCGACUGUCUGGACUCUGGAGGAGAAAAUUAUUAGCCAUCGUGUAGCCUACUCCCCUACCAUUUAUAUAGGUAUGUUGUUUAUGUGUUUAUAGAUAGCUGACAUCUGCCCUGGCCGUGGCUUCCCCUCUAUCUUGACUGUUUGUGGAAUGGCUGCAGUUUGGCAGCAGGUGUUGGCAGUGGACGCAAGGGCUAGCCUGGAUAAACCAGACUGACCACUGCUGAAACAAUGGUACAAUGCAUACCGCACGCCUACGUUCCCACAGUUCCGCACGCAAUACAUCCGGCGGCGCAGCCAGCUACUCAGGGAAAACGCCAAGUGUGGCUUUGAGCCGGGGCUGCGCAGGCAUUACCUGAGGCUGCGCAGCCAGCUGCUAGCCCUGCGCUACGGGCCCCUGUCUGAGCAGAGCAGCUUCAGGGCCAGCAGUGUGCGCAGCUCCCGCACCACACUGGACCGCAUGGAGGUUAGACUGAGAGCAAGGAGCAGAGGGAAAGAGAGAGACAGACAAUAGGCUACUGUCAAUACACAUUAGGUCAGUUGAGAUGGUUGGAGGCAGACAGAUGGUGUAACUGACACUAAUAAGGAUGCGUAGUAGGCACACUAAACUGACCACUUUAGUUGGGAGGAAUAGAUGGAUUUCAAAGAGUUGGAUUUUGAGGAGGACCCCCGUGCUCAGGGGGCUCGUGGUCACCGUCGAUCUGUGAGCAGAGGCUCCUACCAGCUUCAGGCCCAGAUGAACAGGGCAGUCUAUGAUGAGAGGACCCCAGGUGCCUUGGUGCCAACCUCUGUGGCGGAAGCUAGUCGUGCCAUGGCUGGGGACACCACUCUGAGCGAGAACUAUGCUUUUGCUGGCAUGCACCACAUAUUCGACCAACAUGUGGACUCUGCAGUUCCACGGCUGCAGUUUGCUAAUGAUGACAAGCACCUCCUAGCCUGCUGCUCAUUGGACGGCACCCUGUCCAUCAUGAUCCUGUCCCCGUCCCCGCCCAGUGUGAAGGUCGUCCUGAAGGGUCAUGCAGGUCCCGUCACCGACUUUGCUUGGUCCCUUAGCAACGACGUCAUCGUGUCAACAUCAAAGGAUGGAACACUGCGUAUUUGGAACACGGAGGAUGGGAGGUGUAUCCGUGAGGUCAGAGACCCGGAAGCUAGCGAACUGCUUUGCUGCACCUUCCAGCCCAUGAAUAACAACCUCACAGUGGUAGGGAACAGUAAGCACCUCCUGCAGGUGGUGAACAUCUCCACUGGGAAGAAGGUGAAGGGGGGUUCCAGUAAGCUGACGGGACGGGUACUGUCUAUGUCCUUUGAUGCCCCUGGGAGGAUCCUGUGGGCCGGGGACGACAGGGGCAGCGUCUUCUCCUUCCUGUUUGACAUGGCCACAGGGAAGCUGACCAAAGCCAAGCGGCUUGUGGUGAGUGAGGGCAGCCCAAUCUGCAGCAUAUCUGCCCGCUCCUGGAUCAGCAGAGAGGCACGAGACCCCUCCCUGCUGAUCAAUGCCUGUGUCAACAAACUGCUACUCUACAGAGUGGUGGAUAAUGAAGGCACUCUGCAGCUUAAGAGGAGCUUCCCCAUCAAGCAUGGCUCUCAGCCCCUUCACAGCAUCUUCUGCCCUCUCAUGUCCUUCAGACAGGGUGCCUGUGUUGUGACUGGCAGUGAGGAUGCCUGUGUCUACUUCUUCGAUGUGGAACGCAACACUAAGGCCAUAGUCAACAAGCUGCAGGGUCACGGUGGUCCAGUGCUGGAUGUCAGCUUCAACUGUGACGAGAGCUUGCUGGCUUCUGCAGACUCCACUGGCAUGGUUAUCAUCUGGAGGCGGGAGCAGAAGUGACCAACCACCAAAAGCUUCCUUCCAUGCACUACAAAAAAAGCCAUCCAAUCACUAGAAUGCUAAAUACAAGGGGCAGGGAAAGGAUAUCUGUGUUUUUAAGGCUGGGAUUUAGUGGUUACUGUGAGUGUGGUCCCCGCGAAUGCAGGAAAAUAGUCAACAAAGUGCGAUCUAAUUGAAUCCCUGUCUAGGUUUUCAACGUAAAAGGGAGCACUGCUCCUCACUGAGGGUCCUGAGAUGUUUGCAUGUGUCAAGAGUAGGACCUGUAAUAGCGCUAACUACUUAUUGUAAAGCAUUAAUAUAGCAAAAUGCAAUACAGUAGUAUUAAAUGACAGCCUUGUUCCUUUAAAGUUGCCCAUUUUCCUUCAAUCAUUCCCAUGUUUAUUGUUCUACUGUGAUGUGCAUGGCAUUCUAUCAAGAACCCAUCAUAUAAAUCAGUACUGACAUUUUGGAAUAACUACUGUGUGUGUAUUGGAAUAACUACUGUGUGUGUGUGUUUGUGUGUGUGUGUAUAUAUAUAUUUAACAAAACAAAAAAAACUUGAUGGAAACUCAAAGAACACCUUGUGUGUUUGUGAGAAUUUGUGUGUUUAUGUGCCUGUGGUGUCAUUUUAAUGUCAUGGUUGCAAAGAAAUAUAAUAUAUUUAUGAUAUGCACAUACUGAAUAAAGUAGCCACUGUACAUCUCA